AUGGGCAGGGAGAUGCAAAAUGAAUGGGACCUGGGAAUAAAAGCGGCUUGUCUGGCCUAUAAUACUACGGUACACAGUAGUACAGGCCAGACACCGUUCUUUGCAACAUUUGGACGGGAAGCGAUAGUUCCCAUCCACUGGGUUUACCCAAUCCCACGACCGGAUGCUGAGAAGGAUGUAUCUGCCUGGACAGAGACUAUACUAGAAAGGUUUCAAACUGCUAAUGCUGGGAUGAGAGAGAGACAACAACAAACAGUGCGGAGAAAUGCUCAAUAUUACAAGCCAAUCUUGAACCAGUUUAACGUAGGACAGUGGGUAUGGAUCUUUGACCCCAAGAUCAUUCCAGGCAGUUGUGACAAACUCAGGUCUUAUUGGGCGAGGCCUUAUAAAAUUGUAAGAUUGUUGGCGUCAGCAUUAGCCGAUGUGAUGACUGUAUAUGAGCAAGGGAAACCGAGGAUAGUGAGUCUAGACAUUCUCAAGGAGUUUAGGGGGGAAAACAACGUGCACGGAUUACCCAGCGACCCCCCUCACCCAGCAUUUCAAGGGGGAGAUGAGAUUACAGAAAUUCCUAACUCGGAGCUAGAGAAACCGACAACAGAAGAGAUAAAGAAUCAAGAGAGACAGUCAGAAAAGAGAAGACAAGACCCAGGGGACAGAAGGGAGACAGCUGGCCAGACAGAACCACAGGAGAUUAGACAGACUGACCGCGAGACCCAGAUAACAUCCAGCUGUAAAGAGGAGGGGGGGUAG